CACCGCGCUUGGAUCCCACACCCGUUUUCGUCCCGUGAACCGCUGAGAGUCCCCGAUUGCUUUCCAGGCAGCUCCAGUGGAGGUGGGGCGCGGGAAUGAUGUCCCAUGACACGAGCGAGCGGCCCCCCAACCCAGAGCCGCCCCCCGCGACUGUCUACGUGUUAGUGGAGGACCCACGGUCGACGGACGCCCUCCAGCUGCUCAGCCUCAGCUCUGUGCCUCCAGAGUCUGGUAUCGUGGCCGACAUUGAUUUGGAGAACAUCCUGUCUCUGAGCAGCGAGAACUUCUACCAACUCAAGAGCCAACCCAUUGGUGUCAGCCCUCCAAGGGCCCCAGCUGAAAGUCCUAACAUGUCAUCCCGGGUUCUACUCCGGCAGCAGCUUAUGCGGGCACAGACGCAAGAACAGGAACGUCGGGAGCAGCGGCAGGCAGCACAGUUCACUCCUACACCGGCUGCACCAGCCACACCGGCUAUUUCUGUGAGCCCACUAGCUCGCCCUGCACCUGCCCAGGUGCCUGUGGAGGUAUUGAAGGUUCAAACCCACUUGGAGAACCCCACAAAGUACCACAUCCAGCAGGCACAGAGACAGCAAGUCAAACAGUAUCUUUCUACUACUAUGGGGAGCAAGAUGUCAACCCAGGCAUUAUCCGGAACUAGCCCUGGUGCACCCACCUGCUCACCACAGGCUGUUUCAGGUCCUGAGCCCCCACCUGGUUUGGCUCACCAGCAGGGAGUGGCAGGAAGCACUGGCAGUGCCCCCAAUAGCCCUAUGGCAAUGCUCAACAUUGGUUCCAACUCUGAGAAAGAAAUUGAUGAUGUCAUUGAUGAGAUUAUCAGCCUGGAAUCCAGCUACAAUGAUGAAAUCCUGAACUACGGUGGCCUACAGAUGCCCAGCACUCUGCCAGUCUCUGGAAACCUCCUGAAUGUGUACCCAGGAAUGAUGGAACCAGCUGUAACUGUCAGCAACUCCUGCCCGGCUGACCUUCCCAAUAUCAAGAGGGAGAUGUCAGAAAAUGAAACCAAAGCAUUUCUGAAGGAAAGGCAGAAGAAAGACAACCACAAUUUAAUUGAACGUCGUCGUCGAUUUAAUAUAAAUGAUCGAAUUAAAGAACUGGGGACCCUCAUCCCCAAAUCUAAUGAUCCGGAAAUGCGCUGGAAUAAAGGGACUAUCCUGAAGGCCUCAGUAGAUUACAUCCGCAAAUUGCAGAAGGAACAGCAACGCUCCAGGGAGAUGGAGCUGAGGCAGCGUAAAUUAGAGCAAGCUAACCGCAGCCUGCAGCUACGAGUACAGGAGCUGGAACUUCAGGUCCAGAUGCACGGGCUGCCUUUGACUUCCACCCAGGGGCUUCUGGCACAGUCCUUGGGAGGAGAUCCAAUUCCAUCAUUUGCAGAGUCCCUGGACCUGCCCUUUUCAGCGGAAGAGCUGGGUCUGGGUCUCGCACUGGGAUCUGAUGGGGGAGCCCUGCAAGAUGUUCUCAUGGACGACGGGAAUGCUCUGUCCCCACUGGGUGCCUCGGAUCCACUUCUUUCCUCUGUCUCUCCUGGUGCCUCAAAGGGCAGCAGCCGCCGUUCCAGCUUUAGCAUGGAAGAUGAUUCAUGAUGGCAGCCCUUGGAUGGAAGAGCUGUUUUACAUGUCUUGUUCUGACCCAUUGCAGACUGCUGCUUACACUCAUCAGCUUCAAAACUUGGAGGCUGCUGUAGGCUAUAACCCUCUGGAAGUACCACUCAUUUCAUAAUAUUCUGUAU